AUGUGCGCUUCCCUAGGCAAAUCACCCAGCUCUGAGCUGGCAUCAUCUUGCAGCUUGGCCGUGAAGGAGCAGCAACUUAUGGUGGCCCUUCGGAUCCGUCCCCUCAACGAAGCAGAAGCGGAGGAGGGAGCUGCCCUCAUUGCCCACAGAGUGGGCGAGCAGAGGGUGGUCCUGACAGAUCCAAGCGAAGAUCCAGAUGAUAUCUUGCGAGCUAACAGAUCUCGAGAAAAAACAUUUGUGUUUGACAUGGUUUUUGAUCACAGAGCAACCCAAGAGGAAGUAUAUGUAUCCACAACCAAAAGCCUGAUAGGAGGAGUCAUUUCUGGCUACAAUGCAACCAUUUUUGCAUAUGGUCCAACAGGAGCAGGAAAAACCUACACGAUGCUAGGGACAGACUGUGAACCGAGGAUUUACAUCCGCACUCUUGAUGACCUCUUUAAGGCCCUUGAAGCUGCCACUGAGGAGAUGGAUUACACAAUCUCCGUGUCCUACCUGGAGAUCUAUAAUGAAGUGAUCCGUGACCUCCUGAAACCAUCCUCAGGGUUCUUAGAUGUGAGAGAGGACCCCAGAGGCAGCAUCCAUAUAGUAGGAAUUACAGAAGUCUCCACUACAAAUGCUCAGGAGAUCACGCAAUUGUUAACGAAAGGAAACAAUCAACGCGCCCAGGAACCCACUGCUGCCAACAAGGUGUCCUCCCGCUCGCAUGCAGUGCUGCAGGUGACAGUGACGCAGAAAAGCCGAAGGAAGACGAUCAGUGAGGAAGCGCGAAUUGGAAAGCUUUUCAUGGUCGACUUGGCGGGGUCGGAGAGAGCAGCCCAGACUCAGAACCAGGGCAAGAGGAUGAAGGAAGGAGCCCACAUCAACCGCUCGCUGCUGGCUCUGGGCAACUGCAUCAAUGCUUUGAGUGAGAAGGGAGGGAGCCGGGCCCAGUUUGUCAAUUUUUGAGACAGUAAACUCACACGUCUGCUGAAGGACUCAUUAGGAGGGAACAGCAGUAUGAUUGCACAUAUCAGCCCAGCCAGUACCUCCUCUGAAGAAUCUCAAAUGACCUUGAUCUAUGCCUGUCGAGCAAAAAACAUCAAGACACAGGUAAAAUGUAACCUGCGGAAUGUCUCCUACCACAUCGACCAAUACACCAGCAUCAUCACGGACCUCUGCAGGGAGAUCGAGCAUCUGAAGGCAAGGGUCAAAAACCAGGAGGAGAAAAGUGCAGUCAGCUCCGACCUCAGGGAUCUGCAAGCAGAAAGGCAUCAAGGCUCUGAGGCACACAGUGGCCAAGUAAUGAACGCCUUGCGGGCGCAGCUGAUGAUGGGGGCUUUCAGGGAGCAAAUGGAGAUGCAUCACAGCCCGAUGGAGCCAGAAAACACCAACAUCGAGCUCUGCGUCGAUACCUGCAGGCACCUCCUAACAAUCACAGACUGGGAACGAGAGAAGGCUCAGGGUGCAUCCAAGUAUGACAAGCCAGCAAUGGAGGAGAAAGAUGAAAACACAGAGGAGAAAGACAGGGAAGCAGAUAUCAUAGAUUCACCUGAACCUCAUGAAGUUACGGUAGCAAGAGAAGAGAUCAACCCGCUGCUGGCAGAACAGCACAAGACGGUGAGGAGGCAAAGAACAGAGCUGGAGCAGCAGUUAGCAAAUGCCGAGGAAAAAGCUUCCCAAACAGAGAUUUUCCCCAGACAAAUCACCAGUGAAGAUCAGCAGGACAUACUAAGGCUCCUCUGCAGAGCCCAUGAGCUUGAGCUUGGCAACACAGAGCUGCAGGCAAAUACACUGUACAAGGAGAAUCUAUUGUGCCGGAAGGAUUUUGUGAUCCAGCAACUGCAGCAGCACGUGCUACUCUGCGAAGAAAUUAUUCAGCGGCAGCAGAUGCUGAUAAAAGAGGGGACUCCACUAGAGAUGCUGCCAAAAGACAAUGCUCCUGCAAGCACCAUCCAGCAGAGCAACGCUGAUCAUGUCAAAGGACGGGUCCUACAGAAGCAAGUCAAGGGACCUGCAGAUGGUGCCAGCAGUCGGCAAAAGCAGAAGUCAGUCGCCAGCCUGGGGAACCAGCCGAAGACUAAAUAG